CAACCACCACCCGAGCCGACUGCCCGAGGAGGAGUGGAAUGGGUCCAGCUGCCGUUCCGCCAUUCCGCCGUGCUCGCCACUCUCCGGGGUGGGCCUGUCGUGGUUGUCCUCUCUUGACUCUCGAUUCGGCCAGAGCACCGGGCCUGUGAGCACGUAUUGAUUUUCCGCCAUUCCGUUUGGGAUGCUGCCGAAAUAAACUUUGCAACUGGUCUGAAUCUGAAUCCGAAUCCGAGUCAGUCUCUUUCCGAACGCGAAACUGAAAGCGGAAAGGCGCCGAGUGAAAAUGGAAUAGGUGAAGGGAACGCCGCCGCGGACUAAGAAUUCAUAAAAUUAUACAUACCGCAGCGAUUUGAAAACAUUCGGAUUUUGUGCCUCAAUUUGCUGGUGGUCGCGUACUUUUCCGCACCGUCCGAAUCGGCACGAAAAGCUAAGAGAUUCGUCUAAAAUUAGCGACCGGUGUGUUUUGGUAGGGUGCUCUAUUGGCUAGGGUUCUCCGAGUGAACUCCGCCCCUCCGAGUGUUUACCCAUAAAUUGGCCAAGAUGCCUCCUGCAUCCAAUACGAUCGUGCUGAAGAGCCUCUCCGUGCUGCUGGGCCUGUUCUUCAUCUUCGUGGGCACCCUCAAGCUGACGCCGCACAUCAGCAAGGAUCUCUAUAAGGACCUGCGCACAGAGUACGUGAAGUAUGCCAAAGUGUUCCCGCUGACGGCGCUCUUCGGAGUGAAGAUACCCUCGAAGUGGUACCGCCGCACCGUUGGCAUCCUGGAGAUCGUCUGCGGCCUGGCCAUGGCUCUGAUUCCCUAUCAUAAGAUCAAGAACGCGGCCAACGUGACGCUGCUGGUGCUGAUGCUGCUGGGCAUCUACCAGCACUGGAUGGUUAGUGAUCCCUUCGAGCGGUCCGGACCGGCGCUGGUCUUCACCUUCAUGCUGGGCGGCCGCCUGGUGGUCUGGUACCAGACCGCCCGCCUCCAGGACGAGGCCACGACGGCAGCGCAGCCGGCCGCGAACGGCGUGAAGCAGGAUUAGGUGCCUGCUCCCGGUGCAUCACGUACUCAUAGUCAUUCACGGAUCCAGCUUUGUUUUAGCACCUUAAGUUGGGCUCGAGAUUGCGCGCCCUGUCUUCGGGUCUCAAAUUCAUUCACAUCAUUCUAGCAAAUCGAAAUUCAUGUUUUCACUUUGGUGCCAAAUUAUUAUCGUAUACAAAACUACUAUAUUGUAUGUAAUGGCGGGAGAUAUUAACUAAACUGUAGAGCCGCGACGUAAAGACACGACCAGAUCAAACCAAAUUGUAAUCAAAUCCUCUUCGUAACGGGCACUUAGUCGAAACCAUUUAAAUUACGACUUUAGAAACAAUUUUAAUAAAUUUGAACAACUCAUACAUAUUUAAAA